UUAGAUUUUCGCGCACGCAUUUGGUUACCAAUAUCGCCCUCCGGGCGCGACCUUAAUAUUUCACGGAGCCAGUUGCUGAGCAACUACAACACAUAGACAAUUGUGUACUUCUUACAACCUCAGGAGCAGAUGCGCGAGGAAAAAUCCCUUGUUUUCAAAUUCGCUUCAGUAAAAAUUUUAUAGUACUUCUUCCUCUAGUUGUACCGAUGCAAGAACUUUUAUUCCAAUUUUGCGCCGCGUGAUUUUUGGACCCGUUAUCUUUCGUGGUGGAGGAGCGAACCCUCCGACACUAGUGGAACAAGCAGAGAAAGAAGUUUAAUACCGGAACGGACGGUAUUACCGUCCGUUGUUGACCCCAGCAUCAACCGCAAUGUCGUCGUCGCGAAAAAUGAAGAUUUUUUCUGUUUUUCUCCUCGUCCUCCAACUCCAAGCGGCCUCCAGUGCGGUCGUACUCAAAAAGUCGGUGGACGUGGAGACGAAAGAUCGCCUUUUGUCAAUACAAGGGUGAAAAACGUAUUCGCUUUCAAAAUUCAAAUUUUUUUGAAGCCCCCUUGCAGCAUCCGGCCCGACUGUCCUCAUCCGCGUCACCCGGCUCAGUGGCCCCACAACAAGAUCACAGCAAACAAACAAAUCCGGCCCCCCAAAUCCUCAUCCACAGCAUGACAAACAAGGUUGGAGGUCGGCCCACCGUCACAAGUCCCAUCACGCAACAGCUAGCAAUGAAAUAUCUGAGAACUCCAUAGCACAACCAGGAGCGUGGGAUGUCUUGGGCUGCGAUUUCGAAGGAGCCGGCGGGCUGGGCAGAUCAGGCAAGCUGGCGCGUCACCCGAGGGGGCACUGCGAUUACGACCUGGGACGGCGCCACCAUCCGCAAGCACUUCCAACACAACAGAAGCCGGGACUGGUAUUUUUUCAGAGCGAUAGGCUGUGGCAGGUUUUCCGUUCCUAGGUUUCUUUCAUGCGCUGACGAUCGAGAGGCGGCUCUACUACAUGCUCAUCACGCAGUCAAAUCUCAUAAAUUAUCUCCAAAGGUAUAUCAUCCUCCGCAAGCGCACGGGCGAGGGGGCGGACAUGGACGUAGACGAGGAGUACGGCGUCUUCCUGCAGCAGCCAGCCCCGCAGGAGCGAGCACCGCAGCAGCCAGCACCGCAGCAGGCCGCGGCACCCCCAGGGCGAAGCAGGAAGCGACCCUCCGUUCAUUUUGAAGAAGAAGAGCCUACCGCAGCAGCUGCAGCACAGAGCGGGGCGAUAUCUAGUGCAAAUGUGUCUGGGUCUGGAAGAGUGGGAUUUGUUAUGUGUGUCUUGCAUUCCUGAAAAAGAGUCUCUGUUGCAUGACCAGCAAAACAGGCUCAGCUGUCUUUGUCAUGCAAAAACGCAAUUUGUAGUGUGCGUGUGUGUGUGUGUGUGUGGCACGGCACGGAAGCAACUCAGUCAUCCUCAUCCGCUAUGCAACAUAACAAGCUUCCAGACCCAGACGCAUUUGCAAUGCAUAUGCGAACAACACUAACAACUUGGGGCCGUUCCGGUUCUCGCGCGACAUUGACAUGCUCGACGUACUCAAAAAGUCGGUGGACGUGGAGACGAAAGAUCGCCUUUUGUCAAAACUGCAGCGCCACCGGCGGAACAACUCCGUCGAUACCGCGGGCAGAAACGAGAAGACGAGCAGUUAUGUUGAAGCACUUCAUCCGAGUAUCAACUUCAACCGGCGAGGACCACCAAGACCAAGUUCCACAACAACGGGGGGAAAAAUGCAAAUGAAAUUAUCCGACUUUUUGUCCUCGUCUCCGGGCGCCGGGGAACUGCAGGAUGGGAAUGAAGAAACUAGUGGUGCAAUGAAGCAGCAAAAACUACCAGCCUCACUUUUGCAAAGGAAGAUCAAGAAGGCAGGCCACGUGCCGAAAAUGUUGCUCAGGGACUAUAAAAAUUUGUCGGGAGCAGCAUCUUCGCGAACGUCUUCGGAGGAAAACUGGAAGGUUUCUAGAAAACCAGAAGCGCAACAAGAAAACUUGAUGCACAACAAGAAGUUGCGCCGGACUACGACGAGGCGCCUGACCACUGCCGGGCGGAAAAAGGAAGAGGAAACUGAGAAUGGAACUGCAGCAUCAGCACAGCUCCAGGAAAAAGAGCAAGAGCAGGAACAAAAGCGUGCUGAGCAGCCGGAGUGGGGGGUUGGGGCUCGAGCCGCAGCUGCAUUUCCUACAACUGGGUCGUCACCCACUGGUGUUAGAAGUACUUCUACUUUCACCCGCGGCCAACAGCAACGAUCUGGGCAAAACACUGCGUUCACAGGCACGACGGAGGACGACGUUUCGUCGUGUGGGGGCUCGGGGACUGGCUCACAGGAUCCAGGUACUGAUUUAAAUUUGGGUUAUUCUACUAAUUUAUUCUUGUACUCCUUUGUUCUUGUCACCACAGAACGCCUUUGCCGAAGAUAGAUGAAAGCAAAGUCCGCCCAGGAUGAUUUACUAGUGGACGCAGUCACAGUAACACUAGGACUGGGAGCUGAAAGUAGAGCGAGGACUACGAGAAACACCAACACCAACACAAACGACAUACUAGUACCACGACCCCUUGUCUAGUGUUUUCUUUUUAAGGCUUCUACACCUACUGAACUGCGAGGCCACAAGCGCGUCUCCAUACCUCAACAUGCAUGCUUUGAACAGGUACUGGUACACCAGUCACCCCCACUUAUGGAGGGCUAGGAACUUCUUCCGACACUCCGGGACCCGGAUUUCCUACUACCACCGCUGCGCCCGGGCUAGCUACUAGCUCUUCGGGUAGUAGUACGACGACGGGGGAUCCGCGGCCCACUCUGGACCAUCUCCCGUGGGAGGACGGAACCCUGACCGCGUACUGGGACUGUGCCACCAUGGUAUCCAUUGCAAAUAUCCCUGGAUGUCUGGAAGAGUGUAAACUUGUCAUGCAGGUUUUCCAUGACUCGUGAGGCCUGGAAUGUGGGAUUUAGCAUGACAGACGUUCUGUGAGAUCCCUAUCAUGCCUAUCCUGCAUGAGAAACUCCGUCCAAACUUGGUCGAAAGUGGACAGCUUUUGGCACUCAUGCAACACAGAUUUCUGCAUAAUUCGGAUUUGGCAUGACAACUUUCAAUCUUCCAGACAUCCAGGGAUUUUUGCAAUCCAUACAUGGGCUGGGAGUGCAACAACCAGGACGCGUCGACGCGCAGCAUGCCCUACGUCCCGACGGACGCCGAGAGAACCAGCGAGUACAAGGAGGAUCUGUGGGUCACCGGGGCUGCUUCCGACGUGAUGCGCGACCGCGGGCCCGGCAAGAAGUGCUACCUCAUCCGGGGCGUGGAAUCGAAUCCCGACUUUCGCGUCAUCUAUGAGAGUGCACAGGAACUCUCCCUCGCCCUCAUUCGUAUUCGGAUGAGCAGCAACAGAAACACAAGCGCACUACAUUGAGCCUGCGCAUGACAAGUUCAUCUUGCGCGUCGUGUAUUACUGUGAUAGGCUUCCAGAAUCUGUCAUGCAAACGGUGCCACAACAAGGCAGCGCGUGGAUUUUGGCUCUUGUACGACAAAUGAGGGAGAGGGGGAGUUGUGCACUGUCAUAUCAUCGCGAUGCUCACCAACUCGUGCCCGGGGCAGUUCAACGCGGCGUGCCAGUAUCGUCAGAAACAAAUGCCUCGGUCUCAAACUGUAAUUAUGCGCAACUUCCUGUUCCUCGAGACAGAUAGUUUUUUUAUUUGUCAUCAUGCUGCUCGACGUGCAAGAAAGUCGUCUUUCGUAUGUGUUUUCCCAUGUGUCUGACGCAAAAUCACGACAGGUUUAUUUCCGUGUCAACGUGAUUCUGAGCAAAUUUAUAUGUAUUGCUGUGCCUGCAAAAGCAAAGCAGGGUUGAGUAGACUGAUACACUUUUUUUCUUGCGAUAGCCAGCGCCCGAAAACGCACAUCGACGUCGCCGCGCCGGGAUGGGACAACCACAAGUUCUCCGCUGCGCAGCGCUGUGCAGAGCCGGGGAAGCUCGGGCACAAGGAAUCGGGAGCAAUCAACAAUUGGUGCAUAUUUUAGUACUUUAGUAUCACAUAAUUAUAAUUAUAAUAAUAGUGAAACGGGUUUUGCCUCCCCCUUUGCUAUAAUCUAUAGGAGGCACUUAGAAAAAUAAUUCUAAACGAAUGUGCUUAGAAGGUCUCGUCUAGAAGCUUCGUGUAACAGAUUGAGCGCGUUCCCAUUAUCUGUGCCCCGUACCGUCGUGCAAAGUGUUAUCCUGCACGCCCUGACGAGCAUGUGAAAGAAUGCCAACACCUUAAACAAAGCAAAGCCACGGAUCCCGUGGCAGUAUGGGGGCCAUCACUUUCCGGCCCGCCGGGCAAGAGCGAGGGCCAGGAGCCCCCUGGCCAUCGCUUUCCGGCCGAGCAGACGUUGUUUCCUGUCUCUCCGGGCAAAAAUGACGGCCAGGAGCUCCUUGGCCAUCCAUGGCCUUCCGCCCGGGCAAGCAAGGUGAUGGCCACCCAGCAGCAGCGCCUCGGCCACUACUUUUGGUGGCCAUCGCUUUGCUUCCGGUGGGUCGGGCAAAAGAGAUGGCCAAGAGCUCGUCGGCCACCACUUUCCGCUGGCUCGGACAUGAUAAGUCAUGGCCGAGGGCCCCUUGGCCAUGCCUUUCCGGUCGGGCAAAAAUGAUGGCUAAGGGCUCCCGCCUGGCCAUCAAUUUUGGCCAUCACUUCCCGGCCCGCCGGGCAAAAGUGAUGGCCAAGGGCAGGAGUUCCUGGGCCAUGCAUCAUUUUCCGGUCGGGCCCUUGGUCACUAUUUUGACUUUCCGGCCGGGCAAAAAUGGUGGGCAAGAGCUCCUCUGGUGCCAUCAUUUUCCGGCCGGGUAAAGUGGUGGCCAGGGGCCCCUGAGCCUUCACUUCCCGGCCGGGCAAAAGUGAUGGCCGAGAGCUCCCUGGCCAUCGCCUUCCGUUCGGGCAAAAGUCCUCGCCAAGAGCCCGCUGGCCACCGCUUUCCGGGGGGUCGCUCGGGCUGAAGUAAUGGCCAAGAGCUCCCUGGCUAUCACUUUGGGCGGGCAAAUUGUGAAAACCGGCCUCAAGUCCGAAUCCCCCUGCUGCCGUCGGGAUGCUGUCGCGAAAGCCUUCGUGACAGCAUCCGGACGACAACAGGGGGGCUCGGGCCUGAAAGCGGUUUCCACAACUUGCAGCCCAAGCGCGAGAACCAUUCUCAACCUCGAGCCCCCCCUGUUGUCGUCAGGAUACUGUCGCGAAAGGCUUCGCGACAGUAUCCUGACGACAACAGGGGGACUCGGACUCGACAGUGGUUCUCACAACUUGCCGCCCAAAUGCGAGCACCACUCUCACCCCCGAGCCCUUCGCGACAGUAUCCUGACGACAGCAGGGGGACUCGGACUGGAAAAAUGGGAAGGCCAUUUUUUCGAGUCCGAAUCCCCCUGCUAUCGUCAGGAUACUGUCGCGAAACAUAUCCUGACGACAGCGCGGGGCCUCGAGCUUGAAGCAGGUUUUUUUCGAGAAGCGAAGCCCUUUAUUUUCAAGCGCUGGCAAAACCAAAAGGAAAAGUGAUGGCGAAGAGCUCCCUGGGCGUCGCCUUUCGGCCGGGCGCAAGUGAUGGCCAAGAGCUCCCUGGCCGUCAAAGUGGCCAUCGCUUCGCGGCCGGGCAAAGGUGAUGGCCAAGAGCUCCGCGGCCAUCGCUUUUCGUUCGGGCAAAAGCGAGUUUGGCCAUCGCUUUCCGGUCGGACGGGCAAGAGCGAUGGCCAAGAACUCCGCGGCCAUCACUUUUUGCCAUCGCUUUCUGGUCGGGCAAAAGUGAUGGCCAGAAGCUCCCUGGCCAUCACUUUUCGGCCGGGCAAAGAAAAACGAUCGCGACCGCUCCUUGGCCAUCACUUUUGCCCGUCACUUUUGCCCAUCACUUUCCGGGCGGGCAAAAGUGGUGGCCAAGGGCUCCGUCCUUGGCAAUUAUUGCCCAGCGCUUUCCUGUCGGGCAAAAGUGAUGGCCAGUAGUUCCGUUGCCGCCGCUUUUCGCCCGGGCAUGCAAAAGUCCUCGGCCAUCACUUCUGGCCAUCGCUUUCCGGUCGGGCAAAAGUGAUGGCCGAGAGCUCCCUGCUCAUCCAUUUCCGGUCGGGCAAAAAUGAUGGCCAAGAGCUCCGUGGCCAAGCAACCGUCGACCUUCACUCUUUGGCCAUCAUUUUCAUUCCGGGCGGGCAAAAGUGGUGGCCAAGAGCUCCUUGCCCGGGCCAUCACUUUUGGCCAUCGCCUUCCGGUCGGGCAAAAGUGAUGGCCAAGAGCUCCCUGUCUGGCCGUCAUUUUCGGCCAUCAGCCAAUUUCUUCCCGUGCGGGCAAAAGUGUUGGCCAAGACCUCCGCGGCCACCACUUUCGGGGGCGCGCAAAAGUGUUGCCCGGCCGGAACGAAAGAGGUGGCAACAAGUGACUGCCGGGAAGCUCUUGGCCAUCACUUUUGCCCAUCGCUUUCCGGUCGGGCAGCCGGGCAAGAGUGAUGGGCAAGAGCUUCCAGGCAAUCACUUUUUGCCACCUCUUUUGUUCCGGCCGGGCACGCUUUUGCUUUCCGGCUUCCUUCACUUUUCUCGCGCACGCUUUUGCCUCUCGGCUUCUGGUGCAUGGUAUGGGCGGGGGGGCGCGAGGCAAAACCGCGCGAACAAGCCCCCGGAGGUGUGAGGCUCAUCCCCAUCAAGGGGCGGGGGUUUUGUUUGCGCCUACCGCCGAAGCCGCCCCAGAAUAAGCUUCGCAACCGGCCCCCUUCGCUUUGCUUGCCGCGUGCGGCUAAAGGGCUGAUGGCGGGCCGGCGUCCUGGACGCCGGACCGCAAAAGGCGUCAAAGCGGCGAUGCCGCUAGGGCAAGCGCAGGCGCGGCAACGCGGCUAAAGGGCUGACGGCGGGCCGGCGUCCGGGACGCCGGACCCGGACCGCAAAAGACGUUAAAGCGGCGAGGCCGCUAGGGCAAGCGCAGGCGCGGCAACGACCUUCCUCGGGGCAGACAGCGUUAUGCUUUUCAACCUUCUAGCCGCCUUCUACUCGACUCCAAGCCAAACCUUCUAAACGGAGUGCGUCGCACUCCCGUCUUUAGAAUUAUUUUUAAAUCUACUAGCCCAGCGGGCGUCCGGGACGCCCGCGUCAAGAGGCUAGUAAUAAUAGCGAAAUGAGUUUUGCCUCCCCCUUUGCUAUAAUCUAUAGGAGGCGCUUAAUUCUAAACAAAUGCGCUUAGACGGCUCCUUCUAGAGGCAAUGUGUAACAGAUUGGGCCUUUCCAUUUUUCCUGUUCGCCAUACCAUCGCGCAGAAUAUUACUCCGCAUGGUAUGGCGCACAGAGAUGGCACGCAUUUCAUGGCAUCGUGGGGACCAAAAACCCUGCCGCGAACUCCUGGGCCAUCACUUUCCGGUCGGGCCGGGCAAAAGUGAUGGCCAAGAGCUCGCUGGCCAUCACUUUCCGGCCCGUCGGGCCAAAGUGAUGGCCAAGAGCUUCUCCUGACCCGUCUAUCACUUUCCAGUCGGACAAACAACGAAAUAAUGGCCCAGUGUUCCUUGGCCAUCCCCAUCUCUUCGACUUCCCGGCCGGGCAAAAGUGAUGGCCGAGAGCUUCUGGGCCAUCGCUUUUGGCCAUCAUUUUUCCGGCUGCCCGAACAAGAGUGAUGGCCGUGAGCUCCUCCUGGGCCAUCACUUAUUUCCGGUCGGGCAAAAGUUCCUCGGCCAUCACUUUGCGAUCGGUUCGGGCAAAAGUGGUAGCCGCGAGCUCCUUGGCCAUCACUUUUGGCCAUCGCCUCUCGUUCGGGCAAAACAUCACUGUCCGGCCGAGGCACGCAAAAUCGAUGGGUGGCCAGGAACUCCUCGGCCAUCGUUUUCCGGCCGGGCGAAAGUGGUGGCCAAGAGCUCCGGGGCCAUCGCUUUGUUUCGCUAGCUCGCUCGGGCAAAAGUAAUGGCCGAGAACUCCCCGGCCAUCAGUUUUCGCUCGCCUCGGGCAAAAGUGACGCACGGUCAACAGCUCGCUGGCCACCGUUUUAAUUUCGGCCCGUCGGGCAAAAGUGAUGGUCACGAGCUUCGUGGGCACCCCUUUUGGCUCGGGAAAUAGUGAUGGCCCGAAACUCCUUAGCCAUCACUUUUGGCCACCACUUUCCGGGCGGGCAAAAGUGAUGGUCAGCGGGCCGCCAAAGCCGCCCCAAAAUGGGCUUGGCGGCUGGCCCCCCUUUGCUUCGCUUUGCUUGCCGGGCGCGCAAAAGGGGCUGACGCCGGGCCGGCGUCCUGGACGCCGGACCGCAAAAGCGCUAAAGCGGCGAGGCCGCUAGGGCAAGCGCAGGCAGGCCAAGGCGCACCAACCUCCCUCGAGGCAGCCCAUGCAUAAAGCAAAACCGCACCAGUCCGAGUCCCGCGGGCGGGUUGGACGGUCGUGCCUGGCUCCGUGUACUCCUCGUUGUGCUUUUGCCUCCUCUUCCUCUUGUGGUGCCUCCUCCCCCUUUUUCUGAGGCGAAUUCUGGGGCCUUUUGUGCCUGUUUCUGUCUGUGCCAGCCAUGCCUUCAUCUUCUAACCAGCCAAAAUAGCGCGAGCGAUGCGCGCUCCAUGUGUAGCAUUAUUUUUCAAGCUACUAGCCCAGCGGGCGUCCGGGACGCCCGCGUCAAGAGGCUAGUAAUAAUAUUAAUUCAUGUCGUUAGGGUGCAUUCUUAAUAAAAAUGCACAUGUCAUCUGAGAGGACUUCCAGAUGCAGAUCAAGCUCCUGGACUACACAGCGACAUCUUCGAGCUCCUGUGGAGCACUGCAAUUGUGAAAUAUUAACCCACGAGGCUACUAGAAGAACCUUGCUCUCAAACUUAAACUCAAACUCAACAAAUGUCAGGAUCAUGAAUCCGGACGACGACGGGUGGAAGUAUGGAAAUCCUCCGGGGCAGUUGACUUGGGCCGGGUGGGGCAGGCCGAAGGAGGAGCGCACCACCUUUUUCAUAUCAAAUGCAAAAAUGUCUGGGUCUGGAAGGUGGUAACUUGUGAUGCUGAAUCUGCAUCAUGCUAAAAUCUGUGUUGCAUGAGUGCCAACAGCUGUCCACUUUGGACCAAGUUGGGAGGUUUUUUCUCAUGCAGGAUAGGCAUGUUAGAGAUCUCUCAGAUUUUGUCAUGCUAGGUCCGGCAUUCCAGACCUCAUGGGUCAUGGAAAAUCUGCAUGACAAGUUGCAACCUUCCAGACCCAGACAUUUUUGCACUUGAUAUUUCAGAGACCGUUGCAAAGAGCUGAAGAACGGGUACGACCUAUCAAAAGGAAAAAUUCCCCCUCCCCAUAUCGAAAAGGCAUCCUUUUGAAAAUUUGUGUUGCUGAUUUGUGGUCACAAAUCAGGUUUGUCUUGCAAGAGAGCAAAGCCAGAGCUUUCGCCGCUUCGCGCAGGCGAUUUGUAAUGCUACUGCACCAACAGGGCAGACGUCUGCCAUGCUGGGCGCCCACCUCUAGCCAGCUCCUUCCAGGCUUUUUAUCUGCCUGCACUCCUAUAUUGCAAGACAAAUCUGAUUUGUGUACUCCAAUCCCGCAACACAGGUUGCCACUUUGAUAUGGGGAGGGGGGAUUUUUCCUUACGAUACGACCAAGGGUGUCUGAACUUCCUCAAGUGGGUAUCGCAAGGCAAAAUCCCCCCUCCCCAUAUUGAAGAGGUAGGUUUUCGAAAAUUUGUGUUGCUGAUUUGAGGUCACAAAUCACGUUUGUGUUGCAUAGAGGAGAAGUGCAGAACCUUCCGCCCCAUUAUAGAACGCGGUUUGUCAUGCUGUUGAGCCAACAUCACGGACGCUUUUCAUGCUAAGCGCCUAAGUCAAAGCCUCUCUACUCAGGCUUGGCAUGGGUCUGCAGUCCUCUCCAGCAAGACAAAUGCGACUUGUGUACUCAAAUACUGCAUCACAAAUUUCGUUUUCGAUAUGGGGAGGGGGGAUUUUUCUUUUUGAUAGUGGGUAUCCUGUGUGAAAACGUCCCCACAACCACAUCAUAGUCAAGACGCAGAAUCUACUUCUGCUACACAAAUCUACAAGUCUAUCUUUAUUUGACUGCCGCGCAUGAGAACCCCGGGAUCGUAGUGUGGUCGUGUUUAUAUAGUUAGUACAAUUAUCGCAUCACAAUCACAAAUCGACUACCUCAUCCUGAUUCGAGCAUGACAAAUUGCAAAACAGCUGCUUCAGAAACUGCUUCUGGUGGGGCUUCGCAUGAGAAACAUUUUUAAGCAUGCAGGUUUGCGUGACAAGACCUCUGGGCUGCUGGGGACGUUUCUGCUCAGCAUAGUGGGACUGGAACGCCGGGGACCCGAAAGCGAAGUUCGCAAACAUCCCGUGUCCGCAAGCAUGGGUACAGAAAACUGGCUGUCCUGAUCGAUAGAUAGAAGUGGAACUCAUUCCAGAAGUAGAUGAAAGAGCUGCGCGAGCACUAUGUUCACUAUACGAUUCGUUUUCGUACUUUUGCUCCUAUUCCUUCUCAUUUAUUCCGAAGGCGAACAGCACGAAGUGUCUUUUCGUUUUUAUCAUCUUCGGAUUCACAGCCCAGCAAAAACUUACAAACAUCCGAAGGAAAUACCUUCACAAAGAAGCAGCUUAGAGGCUACGUCGACGAAAGUAGUG